AUGGCCGCAGCCCUAACUCUGGGUCUACGAGGACACCAGGUCACGAUCCUGGAAUCCGCGCCUAAGCUUAUGGAGGUUGGAGCGGGCAUCCAAGUCUCUCCUAAUAUGCUCCGAUUGUUCGAUCGCUGGGGUGUCUCUCCCUCCAUUCACGCCAAAGAUGUUGCCCUCGAGCACAUCCACGUUCGUCGGUGGCAGGAUGGCUCGUUACUGGGUACUAUGCCCGUUAACAAGACUUACGGUCAACAGGUGGUCAUCCACCGCGCGGAUCUUCACAACGCACUCAUUGACCAAGCGCUGGCGCUGUCAAAUGUGAAACUGCGUGUCAACUCCACGGUCACCGAUGUUCAAUUCGACCCGGCAGCGGUGACGCUCGCGGGCGGCACCGUCGUCAAGGGCGACGUUGUCAUUGCCGCGGACGGCAUCAAAUCCGGCAUCCGGGGUCAGCUCCUCAACGACUACUCCUGCAAGGCCAUCCCCACGGGCGAUGCCGCCUACCGGAUCAUGCUUCCUCGCAGCGCGCUCGAAAGUGAUCCCGAGUUGAAGGCCCUGAUGGACGAGCCCCAAGCCACGCGUUGGCUCGGUCCCAAUCGCCACAUCAUCGCGUACCCCGUGCGCAACCACGAGCUCUACAAUGUCGUGUUGCUGCACCCCGACAGCCACGGUGUCGAAGAGUCCUGGACUACCAAGGGCUCCAAGCAGGCCAUGAUCGACAACUACCGGGGCUGGGACAGUCGCGUGACGAAGCUCAUCGACCUAGUGCCCGACGACGAGGUUCUCGAGUGGAAGCUCUGCCUUCACGCGCCCUUGAAGACCUGGAUCCGGGGUAACGUUGCCUUGAUCGGCGAUGCCUGCCAUCCGAUGCUUCCCUACGUCGCCCAAGGCGCCGCGCAAGCCGUCGAAGACGCCGCCGCCCUCGGCAUCCUCCUCUCCACCAUCCCCUCGCGCGCCGCCAUCCCCGCCGCCCUGCGCGCCUACGAGCAGUCGCGCAAAUCCCGCGCCGAGACCGUGCAGCAGUCCGGCUCCGAGAACCGCAUCACCCUGCACUUCCCCGACGGGCCCGACCAGAUCGCCCGCGACGAACAGUUCCGGACCUCGCUGACCAGCGGCUCCAACCCCGAUCGCUGGUCCGAUCGCGAAACCCAGAGACGUCUCUGGGGGUGGGAUGCCGAGAAAGCCGCCCUGGACGUGUGGAAUGAAAUGCAUGGCGACGCCGUCUCGGAAGUCCGUCACCAUCUCUAA